UCACCUCCCCGACUCCUUCCUAUUCCUCUCCCCUCUUCCUGCCCCCUCUCUUCCCCAACUCCUCCUUCCUUCCCCUCCACCCCAUUUUUCUCUUGCUUCCCUCCCUCUUUCCCGGCCGUCCCCUCCACAUCCUCCGACACAGAAGCGGCAGGACACGUGCGAGCGUGGUGACGUCAGCGCACGCACAAGCCGCCGUGCUGCUCGUGGCCUCAGGACCUGGAGCGUGCACGGCCGCCAGAGGCCACGCCCAGAAGGCGGGCGGGGAGCCUGCGCGCCCGGAGGUGUGGGCGGGGCCGGGCGUCCGCCACAGCUCUCGCGAGAGCGCCCGUAGAUGACGCGCAGGAGGGCGGGCGCGCUAGGGCGCCGGCGGGUGUGUUUGAAUCUGGUCCGAGCGCGGGAAACGGCGGGUCUGGGGCGAGGAGGGUUACAAAACAAAUGCCAUUUGAACAGUUUCAUCCGUCAUGGAAAAGCGUGAGACGUUUGUACAAGCAGUGUCUAAGGAGCUGGUUGGAGAGUUUUUGCAGUUUGUUCAACUUGACAAAGAUGCCUCUGACCCAUUCAGCUUAAAUGAAUUGCUAGAGGAAUUAUCAAGGAAACAGAAAGAAGAAUUAUGGCAAAGACUAAAGAAUCUAUUAACAGAAAUGUUGUUGGAAAGCCCAGUGGAUGGGUGGCAGCAGGUGGACGUCCAGCAUCAAGAUAGUAUGGAGACAGAUCAUGGUCCAAAAGUGAAGAAAAGCAUUGAGAUAAUUCAGGCGAUCACGUCUGUGAUUCUGGCCUCUGUGUCUGUGAUCAAUGAGAAUGAGAACUACGAGGCCCUCCUGGAAUGUGCUGUGAUCUUGAACGGCAUUUUAUAUGCACUACCUGAAUCUGAAGGAAAACUCCAGAGCUCCAUUCAGGAUCUGUGUGUCACAUGGUGGGAGAAGGGCCUGCCUGCCAAGGAGGACAUGGGGAAGACUGCCUUUAUCAUGCUGCUGAGGAGGAGUCUGGAGACUAAAGCAGUUGCAGACAUACGUCGGCUCUGGCGUGUUCAUCAAGCUUUGUACUGCUUUGAUUACAGUUUGGAGGAAAGUAGAGAAAUUAAAGAUAUGUUGCUUGAGUGUUUCAUAAAUGUUAAUUAUAUCAAGAAAGAAGAGGGGAGAAGAUUUCUUAGUUCUCUCUUCAACUGGAAUAUAAACUUCAUUAAAAUGAUCCAUGGAACCAUUAAAAACCAGUUACAGGGAUUACAAAAAUAUUUGAUGGUACACAUUGCAGAAAUUUAUUUCAGAGCUUGGAAAAAGGCUUCAGGGAAAAUAUUGGAGGCCAUCGAGAGUGACUGCAUCCAGGACUUCAUGUUCCACGGCAUCCACCUGCCCCGGAAGUCUCCAGUGCACGCCAGAGUGCGGGAGGUGCUGAGUUACUUCCACCAUCAGAAGAAGGUGCGGCAGGGGGUGGAGGAGAUGCUGUACCGGCUGUACAAGCCCAUCCUGUGGCGAGGGCUGAAGGCCAGAAACUCAGAAGUUCGAUCAAAUGCUGCCUUGCUGUUUGUGGAAGCAUUUCCUGUUAGAGACCCAAACUUCCAUGCCAUCGAAAUGGAUAGUGAAAUUCAGAAACAAUUUGAAGAACUGUACAGCCUUUUAGAAGAUCCUUAUCCGAUCGUCCGUUCCACAGGGAUCCUUGGCGUUUGUAAAAUAACUUCCCAGUACUGGGAAAUGAUGCCCCCAACCAUCCUUAUCGAUCUCCUGAAGAAAGUAACUGGGGAACUGGCAUUUGAUACCAGCUCAGCUGAUGUUCGUUGUUCUGUCUUUAAGUGUCUGCCGAUAAUUCUGGAUAACAAACUGAGCCACCCGUUAUUAGAACAGCUUUUGCCAGCACUCAGAUACAGUCUCCAUGACAAUUCCGAGAAAGUGAGGGUGGCGUUUGUGGAGAUGCUGCUGAAGAUCAAAGCUGUGCGAGCGGCAAAGUUCUGGAAAAUAUGCCCCAUGGAGCACAUACUGGUUCGUCUGCAAAUGGACUCACGGCCUGUGUCCCGGCGCCUGGUGAGCCUCGUCUUCAACUCCUUCCUGCCCGUGAACCAGCCGGAGGAGGUCUGGUGUGAGCGCUGCGUCACGCUGGUGCAGAUGAACCACGCGGCUGCCAGGAGGUUCUACCAGCACGCCCAUGAGCACACCGCCUGUACCAACAUAGCCAAACUGAUCCAUGUUAUUCGCCACUGCUUGAACGCCUGCAUCCAGAGGGCACUUCAGGAACACCAGGAGGACGCUGAGGAGCGGGAGAAGGAAAACGUGAGCGUUCUGGACAAAAUGCUGUCGGUGAACGAUGUUGCGUCCAUGGCAGGUUUGCUAGAAAUCAUCGUGAUUCUCUGGAAGAGCAUCCAUAGAAGUCUGGAAAACAACAAAGAGGCCAAGGCCUACACUGUCAGCAAGUUCGCCUCUGUGCUUCCUGAGUACUUGAAGGUAUUUAAGGAUGAUCGCUGCAAGAUCCCGUUGUUCAUGCUGAUGUCCUUCCUGCCAGCGUCUGCUGUCCCUCCGUUCAGCUGUGGCGUGGUCUCCACCUUGAGGAGCCAGGAGGAGGGCGCCGCGGACAGGAGCUACUGCACGCUGCUGGACUGCCUCUGCUCCUGGGGGCAGGUGGGCCACGUCCUGGAGCUCAUCGGCGACUGGCUGCCCCAGGAGCGGCCCGCGUCCCAGAGUCACUCGGCAUCCAGACGCAAAGUGCAAAUCCAUGACACACGCCCGGUGAAACCUGAGUUGGCGCUAGUUUACAUGGAGUAUUUGCUGACCCACCCAAAUAACCGGGAGUGCUUGCUCUCUGUGCCGCGAAAGAAACUUAACCAUCUUUUGAAAGCACUGGAGACGUCAAAGGCAGAUCUGGAAUUCCUUCUGCACUCGCCGGGUGCGAAGCCCCCUCACUUCAGCGAAGCAGCCGCCCUGCGAGCCUUCGGUCUGCACUGCCGGCUGAGUGUUCAUCUGCAGCUCAAGUUCUGCUCAGAAGGGAGAGUCCACCUGUCCAUCUUGGAAGACACUGGGUUUUGGCUAGAGAGCAAAAUUUUGCCUUUGAUUCAAGACCAAGAGGAAGAACGUCUGAAGCUUCAGAGGGUCAUCUACCAGCAGAUCAUCCAGACCUACCUGACUGUUUGUAAAGAUGUCAUCAUGGUCGGGCUCGGAGACCCCCAGUUCCAGAUACAGCUUUUACAGCGGAGUCUUGGAAUCAUGCAGACAGUGAAGGGAUUUUUUUAUGUCUCACUGCUUCUUGGCAUUCUGAAAGAGGUAACAGGAAGCUCCUUGAUUCAGAAACCAGACCCAGAAGAGGUCGUUACAGUGUUGUACGACACAGUACAGAAAGUGUUCCAGAAGAUGCUGGAAUGUAUUGCGCGGAGCUUCAGGAAGCAACCGGAAGAAGGCCUGCGGCUCCUGUACUCUGUUCAGACCCCUCUUCACGAGUUCAUAGCCACCGUGCAGUCCUGGCACCGGGACAUGCCUGUCCACCGGGGCAUACUUUCCACUCUGAUUGCUGCGCCUGUUGUUGAGAUGAGUCACCAGCUACGGAAGAUUUCUGAUUUGGAAGAACUCACCCCACCGGAGUGCCUUUCCGACCUUCCUCCGUUUUCACGGUGCCUGAUAGGAAUCGUAGUAAAGUCUCCAGAUGUGGUCAGGUCAUUUCUGGAUGAGUUGAAGGCAUGUGUGACUUCUGGAGACAUCGAAGGCAUCGUGUGCCUCACAGCUGUUCUGCAUCUCAUCUUGGUCAUCAACAAAGGUAAACACAGAAGUUCCAAAGUGAAGGAGACUGCAGCCACUGUGCACAGAAAGCUGAAGGGCUUCAUGGAGAUCACCCUGGAGGAGGACAGCCUUGAGAGAUUUCUCUACGAAUCAUCCAUGAGGACCCUGAGGGAGCUUCUGAACUCGUGACCAGGCCCCCACCUCUGGACAUGUCCAGUAGGGAGAAGGACUCAGGGAGAGUGCAGCAGUGCGUGUGUAGGGAAGGGUGGUAGCCGGAGUGAGCGGGGAGCUCAGGCUCAGCGUGUGCCCAGGACCCGCACAAGUGGGGGUCCUCCGCACAGAGGAGCCCGUGUCAGCGGUGCCGGAAUUCACGGUGCAAGGGGUAAAAAGGACACUUUUCCAGCAAACCUAGUUGUUUUAAAAGUGAUUUUUAUAUAUAUUAUAUUGUGUGCAAACCAUGAAUAAUAAAGCAGUGACAACA